UAAUGCACAAAUAUCACACAUUGUCAUUGAUCUAUUUUAUAUCAGUAUAGUAUUUAUGGUUUGAUGCGUUGCGAUCGAAAUAUGUUUUGUUCAAUGUGUGUUUCUUUACGUAUUUUUUCGAAUUAAAUUGCAAUCAUUAUUAUGAAUAUCUUAUGUUUAUUAUGAUGGAUACUAACAAUUCUUCUGCCGUUCCGGAUUCUAAUUGUGUACAACAUACAAAUGGUCCUUCUGUUGAGGGUGCUUCUACCGUUGAAAAAGUGGUAACUAAGGAUGAGACAAAUCCUUAUAUUCCACGUUUCAUUGCUAAGGCGCCUUGGUAUUUGAAUGCUACAUCAGGUCUAAGUCAUCAGCGUGUUCAACAGCAUCAAAAAUCAGCUUUAGAUGAGCCUGUUUUACGUGGAGUGACAUCUAGAGUUGCUGUUCGGUAUCGUAAAAAUGCUUGCGAGAAUUGCGGUGCUUCAACUCACGAUGUGAAGAGUUGUGUUGAGCGUCCACGUAAGAAGGGUGCUAAAUACACCAAUGCUAACAUAUGUCCUGAUGAAUACAUUGUUGAGAACAAAGCAACUGGUUAUGAGGCGGUCCGUGAUCGUUGGUCAGGUUUUGACGCGUCUACUCACCAGUUGGUGCUGAAUGCUCAUCAGGUAGUUGAGGAUGAGCUUUAUCGUCGUCGUAUGGAGGAUUUGGCGAGUACUUUGCAUGAUACUAACGAUAAAUCGUGUUCUAUUGGCAAUGUUGCUUCUGACGACCGUUCUCGUAACACAAUGCCUAACCUUAGAAUUCGUGAAGACACUGCGAAGUAUUUGAUUAAUUUAAAUAUUGAUUCUGCAUUUUACGAUCCGAAAUCUCGUUGUUUACGUGAUGAUCCAUUGUUAGGGAUGUCUAAUUCAGAUCAUCAUACAUUUCGAGGUGACAAUGCUUUAUUUACAUCUGGUGAGGCAUCUCGUCCUGGUGAGAUUGAGCAAUUUGCAUGGGAAGCUCAGCAAAAGGGCUCCAAUGUCAGUUUCAUGGCUCAGCCUACUGAGUUGGAAUUCAUGUUUAAGGACAGUUCACUGAAACGUGAGGAAGCUAAGGCCUCUAAGCGUCAAUCUCUAUUAGAUCGUUUUGGUGGUUCGGCCUAUAUUCGUAAGGAUGGUGACGAGGAUCUCAUUGAUACCAAUUUACCUGUGGUUUCUCAUACGACUGAGAAGGAAACCGAUGUGAUGUUACUUGGUCACACCUCAGUUUGGGGAUCUUAUUAUGAUCGUUCUACUGGUCUUUGGGGUUACAAAUGUUGCCUAUCGACUUCCAAUACUUCACGUUGUACUGCGGGAGAUACUUGAUCUAAUUCUUUAGCUUUGU